UAUACCGAUGAUGUAAAAAGUGCAUCAAUGAUCAUUAAUAGCUAUCUUCGCAAGAGUGAGUUUAUUGUAUUUGACCUUAAUAGAGCAGAGGACAAUCCACUUGCAAUCCGGUUGAGGUUCGAUACUCCAUUAGAUUUGCAGAAAGAAAUAGAGUUACAUCAGAAGCGUAAAACAAAAAAUGCAUUACCUACGGAGCCCACGAAUUCUGAACCUGAAAAAUCAAAAUGA